CAGGGUAAAGAAGAUUUGGUUCCCUGGUGGUGUAACUUGUGUGGGAAACAAUUGAUAACCAAAACCUGAGAUUGUUGGGAUGGGGGAAAAGCGCAACUGGUGGGAAGAGGCAGAGAGAGAGACAGAAUGGAGUUGGGAGAGAGGAUGGAGUGGGGAAUAAGUCAGAUUGACGUCUUCAACCUAACCACUAACACCUCCUCUCCUUCUUUUUCGGAAUUUCCUCCAUAAACCACUGAAACCCACUGACCCAAUUCCCCUUCUCUCUCUCUCUCUCUCUCUCUCUCUCUGCCCCUCACAACUCACACACCAACACCAUUCUCACAUUACACCCACCCUCCUCUCUUCCUGCUUCUUCUUCUUUCAUCUCUCAGACUAAGUUAUGGAUACUUUUCUCUUCACCUCUGAAUCUGUCAAUGAAGGCCAUCCAGACAAGAUAUGUGAUCAAGUCUCGGAUGCCAUUCUGGAUGCAUGUCUAGAGCAAGACCCUGAAAGUAAAGUAGCUUGUGAGACAUGUACUAAAACAAACAUGGUCAUGGUGUUCGGCGAAAUUACAACCAAGGCAAACGUGAACUAUGAGAAAAUUGUCCGCGACACCUGCAGAGGCAUUGGAUUUACAUCGCCCGAAGUGGGACUAGAUGCUGACAAUUGCAAGGUUCUUGUCAACAUUGAACAGCAGAGCCCUGACAUUGCUCAGGGUGUCCAUGGACAUCUCAGCAAGAAACCAGAGGAAAUUGGUGCAGGGGAUCAAGGCCACAUGUUUGGAUAUGCCACAGAUGAAACCCCUGAGCUAAUGCCACUAACACAUGUCCUUGCUACCAAGCUUGGAGCCAAACUAACUGAAGUUAGGAAGAACAAAACAUGUCCUUGGUUAAGGCCCGAUGGCAAAACCCAAGUAACUGUUGAAUACCGCAAUGAGGGCGGUGCCAUGGUCCCUCAGAGAGUCCAUACUGUCCUAAUUUCAACUCAGCAUGAUGAGAGUGUUACCAAUGAGCAAAUUGCCAAGGACCUGAAAGAGCAUGUCAUUAAGCCUGUCAUUCCAGCCAAGUACCUUGAUGACAAAACAAUCUUCCACCUCAAUCCAUCAGGUCGUUUUGUCAUUGGCGGGCCUCAUGGCGAUGCAGGACUAACAGGGAGGAAGAUAAUUAUAGAUACUUAUGGUGGAUGGGGUGCCCAUGGAGGCGGUGCUUUCUCUGGCAAAGAUCCUACCAAGGUGGACCGUAGCGGUGCUUACAUUGUAAGGCAGGCUGCAAAGAGUGUUGUAGCUUCAGGGCUUGCUAGACGCUGCAUUGUGCAGGUUUCUUAUGCAAUUGGUGUGGCUGAACCAUUGUCUGUGUUUGUUGACACGUAUAAAACAGGCAAGAUUCCAGACAAGGAUAUUCUGGUUUUGAUUAAGGAGAAUUUUGAUUUUAGGCCAGGAAUGAUGGCUAUAAAUCUGGACCUCAUGAGAGGUGGCAAUUACAGGUAUCAGAAAACUGCUGCAUACGGACAUUUUGGUCGCGAUGAUCCAGAUUUCACUUGGGAGACUGUCAAGCUUCUUAAACCUGGCAAUGCCUAGGUUGGGGGACUAACUUGUCUUCUCUUACAUCAGACAAUUGUAUUGUCUUGUUUGUCUUUCUCAUAUUUUACUAUAUUUAUGGUUCACCCAUUUGUUCUUGUUUGAUGAAUUUGAGGAUUUCAUCAAUAUGUUAUUUGAUUUAUUUCUUUUACUCUUUAGGGUGGGAAACAAUUGUGUUGUUCAAGUUUAUUUUAUGAUAAUUGAUGUUUUAUGAGACAUUGUUGUUUUCAUGUCCGGUUUCCAUAUUCCCUAGUAAUUGCACUAUUUCGCCCCAAAAAGGCUGUAAAAUCUAAAGUGAGAUCACAGAUGAUAAAAAUAAAAAAGUCAAAUAUCAUCCUAGUGAUUUUUAGAUGCUUAAAAUUACUUUGCCA